CGUGAAUCGACCUUCUAUGAUCAUGUGUUUGCCCUGUACGAAAAUCUUACCAAAAAAUUUUCUUUACUUUUAACCGCUGUUGUUCAUGAACUAGCCGGAUUGGCUUAAAAAAUUGUGUCGACCUUUUACCAUCUCGACCGUACAUCAAAAGUUUCGUCCAUUUACCAUUUUCUUCAACACAUAAAAAUGACUUGCAGACUAAUGGUCUUGAGCUCUCAGCUCGCUUUCAAAAGUCUACCUCGAAUGUUCACAACCUCGGCAGUGAGGUUUAGCAAAGAGGAAGGUAAGCAUUGGUUUUUAAUCUACAUAGUGCGUAUUUAAUUCCCUAAUAAAUUCAAUCAUUUACAAAUUAAAUUCUAUUUUUUGAAUUGUUUUAUAAUAGAUAGGUACACCUUGGGUUUUAUUAGUAAAGUAAUAAAGAUAAAUUACUAGAUUUUGUUAAUGACCUAUCCAAUGUAAAUAAAUAAGGUGUAGGUAGUUAGCAUUGGAAAUAUCUUUAUUAAAAAGUCUUGGUUAAUAAUAAUACGUUUCAUCAGUUUCGUUUUGGUUAAGUUAUGUUAACUAAGGUAAUUUUAACAAAAUUUGCGAAUUAUAUAAAUUAUUAGUACCUAACUGUACUGCACAAAGAAUUUUUUUGCACUAUCACAUAAAUUGAAUAAGUACUUCUAUUAAUUGUACAUUUUAAAUUUAAACAUAUAUUAAACAACUGCCUACUUAUUCUGCCUACUAUAAAAUUCCAGUUUCAUUUUCUUAUUAUUCCUUUGUCAAAAUAAUUAUAAUUUUAACUAUUGAAGUGUAAAUGAAAAUUAAUUGCCAACCAAACAUCAUAUUGGUGUUUUCAAAGAUCAAUUUUAUGAACAAAACAUCAAAAUAUUAGUUAUCAAAAGAAGCGGUUAUGGUAUAUAAAAUGAUUUGUUAUGUUUUAUUUCCCCUAAUUGAAUUCAAGUUAAGAUUUUUUUUUUUCCAAUUAUCCUACUUGACCAUAUAUUAUAGUAUUGAUAUAUUAUUAUUAUUUUGAAAAUUGCACUAAAAUAAUCUAUAGAUACCCAUAUUAAUAUGAUGUACACAUUUCAAUGUCUUUAUGCACACAAAAGUAUUAUUUUUUUAAAAUAAAAUGAUAAAAUAAUAAGUACCAUUAAACAUAUUUAAUAAAUGAAUUUAGGUUAGUUUUAUUAAAAUGCUAUCAUAAUUAUUAUAAAGUAGUAACAACUGUGAAUGUUUUUCUUAUCUUCUAAGUUAAGUGUAUAAGUACCUAUUACCAUGUAUUAAUUUUCUUUAACCGUUGUUUUGUAAUCUAGGUACACAAUGUUUAAAAUAAAUAAAUAUUAUGAACUACAGAGUUUUGGCACUUAUUUAAAUAAAUAUAUAUAUAUAAUAUACAAUUUAUAUUGUAUCUAUAGUCUAAUAAAUUUAUAAACGUAAAUCAUAUUAACUGUAUUUGAACCAAGUACAGUACUCUCUGUGUAGUAUUAAAUAAAAAUAUAUUUUAAAAUAAAAACGUGUCAAUCUGAAAACUGUUACUUAUUUUUUAAAGUUUAUUUCUAUAUAAUUUUCAUUUCAAAAGUAUCAAAAACUUGUUUGACUUAAGCUUAAGAUGCAUACAGACCUGUUCAUCAGUUUCGGUAUGUAUAUUUUCAGACCUUCGUGCAAUUGAUUCAGCCAUAAAUUGCACACAGACAAUUAUGACUGUUAAAAUGCUAUUUGGCAUAAGCAAAUUGGCACCAAAUUGUUCAAGAUACCCAAAAACAGUUUAUUUGUUAACUUCAUUAUUUAUUUACUAUCAUUGUUUUGUUUAACUUUACUAAAUAUUUAAAAUUAUAUAGUUGUCAAACACAUUUUUGUUAAGUUUUAAAAUUAGUUUUGUAACUUACAACUUAUUUUAAAAUAAUUUAAAAAAACAAAUUAAGAUAUUUGUGCUUAACUAUGUGCUUAAGUUAGAUAUUUUAAUCAUUCAACAUUUUAAAACAACAAAACCAGAUAAUAAUUGCAAUAUUAUAGAAACUCGUAUCUUGUGUUAGGCGGUAGACAGAAAAAUAGAACAGAAUAAGUGUAGCAGAGAUAGAAUGCUUAGAUAGGUAGAUAAAUGUAGGGACAAAAGUACAUAGGAUAAAGAAUGAAUAUAUAACAGGUAGCUUAGGCGUGGUUUUGAUAGACAGAAUGAAAAAAAAUUGAUAGGUAUGGUAUGUCACACGGAAAGAGGAAUCUGAAGCAGUUAGAAUUGUAAUGGAAAUAUUUGUAAGAGAAAAGAAGUGGUAAGCAAAACUGAAAAAGAAGUAGUUGAAUGGUAUUAAGAAUUAUAUGAGGACAACCAGUGUAUGGGAGAUUGGGACGAGUGGAAGUUUUGAACAAGGAUAGCCAACCCAUAAUAAUUGGGAAAUGAAGGAGAAAAAGUAGAAUUAUCUGUACUUAAUAUUAACAAUAUCAUUUUUUAAAACUAAUGUGUCAUAUUGAAUUUAUUUUUAUCUUUACACAAUUAUUUGGUAUUAAAUUUCCAUGAUAACAAAAGAGAUAUAUUAGAUAAUAAAUAUUAUCUUUGUUAUUAGGUACAUCAAAUUGAAUUAAAAUAAGCAUAUUAUUUUUGUCUUAAAAUUAUGUUAGCUUAAAGUAUAUAUUCAAAAUUAAAUUAGUUAUUACUAUGGUUAUCUAUACUGAUUUGAUUAGUUUAAACAUGGCCAAUAUUAACCAUAAUUAAGGUAUUUCAAAUAAAUUCACUUAUAUGAAGAGAAAAAAUUCAAAAGUAGAUUUUAUUCGGUAAACCUAUUUUGUCCAGUUAAAAAUUUGUCUACAGUUUAUUUUUGAAUAAUUAUUUUUAUUUUUAAUGUUGUUAUUCAUUUUAUUUGUUUUUUUAUUUCAGGAUUUCCUGAUCCCUUGGACUUGGCCACUGGUAUAGAAAAAAAAGAAAUGCUUUUACGUCUAGCUGGAAAUGACGUAAGUUUCACUUCAAAAGUAUAAAGUUUAAUAUAAGUUCAUUUUUUCCAAUAUAUCUAUUGUUAAGAAAAGUUACACUAUUAAUUUAGUACAUUUAAUACGUUUUUUAAAGUCAUUAGACUAAAAUAUAUAUUUCACCCAACUUAAAUUAGAAAAAAUAAAACUAUUAAAUUGAAUACUUUUUAUUUUUUUAAGAAGAAAUUAUUAUAAAUAAAUGUUCUAUAUACUUAGAUGUAUAGAAUGUAUAUUAAAAAACAUCACAAUUUUCAUUGUGAUCCAUCUAAAAAUUUUAUUUUAUAGACAGCAUUUUAGGAAACGCUGUUAAAAAAAUGAAUUAAAUUAAGGUUAAGAUAAAAUCAUUUUUUUUGUACAUGAUUUUCUUUUAAAAUUGCUUAUUUUUUUAAUUUAGGAUCCAUACAACCUAAAAGCCAUCAAACGUGGCGUGAGUACCAUAGAUAAACCAACUGAAAUUCCAUCGGCGUUUGAAGCUAGAAUCGUGGGUUGUGUUUGUGAGGAAGAUGCAUCUCAUGUGAAAUGGAUGUGGUUACACUCGGGUGAACCAAAACGAUGCAUGUGUGGUCAUUGGUUCAAAUUAGUUUACAAGGAACCACUUAUAUAAACAAUUUCAAUGUAUUUUUGUUUUUCAACAAAAUUUCAGAAAGUUUAGUCCUGCUCUGAAUGAUAUUUUUUUUUGUUUAUUAAAUUGUUUUGUUAUUAAAAAAAAAUAUCAUUAGCGCCAGUAACAAUAAAUUAUUACUUUGAUUCGUAUUAAUUUUCUAAUAUAAAGUAACAUUUAAAAAUGUUUAUCCUAGUGAAUUAGCUUUGUAUCAAUGAAAAUAAUUAAACAUGGCACUGGUGUUUAAAUAUGUUUACAGCUAGCUCAUUUGCAAUAUUUCUAUAGAUAAAAAAAUAAACAUACAACUGAUUAUUCUCUUUUUUUCUUUUUGUAGUUAAUAAUAUUUGAAACACGUGAUAUAUGAUGACAUUUUUAUCAUCAAUAGUAUUUUUAAUUCCCAGAUAAUAGAUAUCUAUUAACUUGUAAUUUAGUAUAAUUUUUUAUAUUGAUGAAAAUUAUUUUACAUCAAUUUUAUUUUAGUGUAUAAAUUGACUACAAGUAUUUAAAUGAUUUUAUAGAAAGUGGAAAAUUAAAAAAAAAAAAAAAGAUUUGUAAAAUAUAAGUGUUUGUAAGCAGUAACAGGUUUUAGUUAUUUAAUAUUAAUUAUAUGUAAUAAUGAUCAUAUUGCGAAAAAAGAUUUAUACAGCUAAAACUGCUAAUUUCAUUAUACACUUGUAUAAAUGCAUAUAUAUAUAUAUAUAAAAAAAAUUUUUUUUAUUUACGGAAAAACCUGCACUACACAUUUUAUUCAACUAAAUUACACUAAUUUGUAUAUCAUUAGUAUGAUCAUAUUUUUUAGUUGUUUGUGUUCAAAUAUCUGUAGAUAGGAAAUUGAUAUUACAGUUCUGUUUAUUAUAUAAAUUACUUAUUUUAUUUUUUAUUGUCUGUCCAGGUUAAAAUAAAUACUAAAAAAUGUUAAAACUUAAGGAAAUAACAUUGUUAAACUAAAUUCCAAUAACAAAUAUCAUUAUUAAGUAAUGAGUUCAUAGUAGAUGUGAUAAUUGUAUUCAUUAUUUAGAAUAGUAAUCAUUGAUAUAGACAUAUAAUAUUCUACACUAAAAUGACCGCUGCUAUUCAUAUAAAUUGUGUGUUAUAGAAUAUUAUUAGGUUAACAUUACCUAACCAUUUGGUUUUUCAAUAAUCCACUACAAUUCAAUAGUGUUGGUGAUUUAUUUUAGUUCCUAGUUAUAUUUAGCCAUCGGUGACCCUGUAAAUUGUAACUAGCCAGACUUGAAUAUAUAGAUACAUGCUAGGUAAUAUACUAAAGUACCAAUGACCUUCAAGAAACCAAUAACAAAUUGUACAUAAAUGGAAUCUGAAUAAUCUUGUACUAUAAAUUAUUUAUAAAACAGUACAUUUGAUAAUAGAUAAUAAGAAUUUUUGAAAUGAUUUUCUCAAUUUCAAAAGGAAAAGAUUGGAAGUCUCGUAAUUUAACGUAUGAAC